AAAGCAUCUGCUUUUCACCGUUUGGGAUUUCAGCUUAAUAAUGGUAAUUGGUUUCUCCAUAUCCAUUAAACCCUAACCAAACCAUUCUUUCUUCUCUCAAUUUCUUGAUUACAUCUUCAUCCGAAUCAGAGACCGAUAAAAAUCAAGAAUUUGUUGUGUACAAGGUUUUGAUGAUAGUUAGGUUGAGUUGAGUUAAAGAAAUAAUUUACAUGUGAAUGGAAAAUAAGGGUUGCAAGAAUGUGGAUGAUCUCUUCAAUGAGUUUGCAUAUAAGGGAAGUAGUGAAGUGGAGCAUCCUAAGAGAAGGGUUUUUUUGUCUCCUUUUUUUCCAUAUAGGGGAAACACAAGGAACACUUUUUAUCAUUCUUGUUGUCCUUCAAGGAAGGUGUCGAAACAUUUACGGGAAGUUGAAAAGUAUAAAGUCGGCGAUACUUGUCGUUCAGGGAAGGUGUCGGGACAUUUAGGGGAAGUUGAAGAGUCUAAAGUGGGCGAUUCUUGUCCUUCAAGGAAGGUGUCCAAGUAUUUUGUGAAAGAUGGAGAGUCUAAGGUGGGCGAUUCUUGUCCUUCAAGGAAGGUGUCGGAACAUUUUGAGGAAGUUGGAGAGUUUAAUGUGGUUAGUUCUUGUCCUUCAAGGAAGGUGUCGAAGUAUUUUGUGAAAGAUGGAGAGUCUAAGGUGGGCGAUUCUUGUCGUUCAAGGAAGGUGCCAAACCAUUUUUGGGAAGUUGGAGAGUCUAAAGAGGACGAUUCUUGCCCUUCUAGGAAGGUGUCGAAGUAUUUUCAGGAAGUUGGCGAGCCUGAAAUGGGUAAUUCUUGUCCUUCGAGGAAGACGUCGAAAUAUUUUCGCGAAGUUGGAGAGUCUAAAGUGGGCGAAUCUUGUCCUUCAAGGAAGGUGUCGAAGUAUUUUGUGAAAGUCGAAGAUUCUAAAGUGAGUGAUUCUUGUCGUUCGAGGAACUUGUUGGAACAUUUUCGGGAAGUUGAAGAGUUAGAACUGGGUUAUCAAAAGAGAGUGUCUCCUUGUCCUUCUAGAAAGGUUAAGAACAAUUGUAAGAAGAAGAGUGUGACGGGUUUCAGAGAGUGUGUUAAGAAGAGGAAAUGUGAAGGAACUCGAGUAACUGAAAAUUUGAAAGUCGAAGAUUCUUCUUGUUUGGCAAACAUCUAUGAAUAUUUAGCUAAAGUUGAAGAGAUUAUAAUUAAGGGUAGUUUGUUACUUCAAAAGGUCUCUGACUCCUCUAGAGAAGGGUUUGAAGUUGAAGAAAACUGUAUGAAGGAAAUUAAUGAUUUUUUGAAUCAAUAUGUAUACCAUGGUAGGAGUCUGCCGAUUUCAAGAAAGCGUGUUAAGAAGAGUGAAAUUUUAGAAGAGGGUGGUGAUUCGGAAUAUAGAGCUAAAGUCAAAGAGGCUAAAGUUAAGUUUGAAUCGGUCCUUGAUGAUUUAUCUAACUCCUUUCAAGAGGGGCCUAAAGUGGAAGAGGGUUCGUCUUUUGUUCCUCCUAAAAUGAAAUCCAAAAGUCGUGGUAAGAAAAAUCAGCCUUUUCUUAAGGCGGAGAGAUAUAAGGAAGCUUACAAAAGAAAAACUGCGGAAAACAAUUGGGUGCCUCCACGUUCUCAUUGGAAUCUCAUUCAAGAGGAUCAUUUUCAUGAUCCAUGGAGAGUGUUAGUUAUUUGUAUGCUAUUAAACAGAACUACUGGUGCACAGACAAAAAAAGUUAUAGACAAGUUUUUCAAGUUAUAUCCAGACGCAGAGUCUUGCAUGCGAGUAUCAAGAGAGGAGAUACAAGAGGUAAUAAAGUCAUUAGGUCUUCAAGGGAAAAGGUCGGCGAUGCUGCAACGCCUUUCUUGUGAAUACUUGUCCGAGAGUUGGACUCAUGUAACUGAACUGCAUAGUGUCGGCAAGUAUGCGGCGGAUGCUUAUGCUAUAUUUUGUACUGGCAAGUGGAAUGAAGUUGUGCCAAAUGAUCAUAUGCUGAACAAAUAUUGGGAUUUUCUCCGUAAAUUGUGAAUUUCACAAGAUUAUAUAUAUUUCAUUUAUAGGUAGUUUUUUUGACAAAAUAGCAAUAUGGAUAAUCAAGUUUAAAGUUAUUGUAGUUUUAUUGCUGAAGUUUAUGCAGUAGGUAGAUGGCAACAACAAUACUUUUGUUUGUAUAUAUGGUUCUGUAAAUCUGUUUGGGGACCUUUUUGUAACUAUUUGAGCUAUAAGCAAUAGGACACUCAUCACUGUCUCUUUGUUUUUCAAUUUACUCAUUUUUCUAUUCUUAAAUUUUAUUGAAGAAGAAAGAAACACAGGUGCAUUAAGAGGACCAUGGAUAAUUAGAAUUUCUGUCUAGAUUGGCUUGAAGCAAGUUUUUAUCUAGAUAGUAUUUGACUUUUAGGCUUUUUGCCACUAAGGAAUUUGAGUUAGUGAAGAGUUUCCAAGCCAUGUUUAUCAAUCAUGACUUCAUUGAACUCUUUUAAGGUUUACUAAAAUCCAGUCUUCCAUCAU